AUGAUGUGGAACGUCGUUUCCGUACUUGUUGCCGUAUCAGGUAUUUCCGCAGUCUCAAUCGGCGGAGGAGCAGUUCCGGGUUGUCAGCCUUGCCGUGAUGCCCAAAGCCAGUGGAUGAACUGGGGCGAGUGGAGCACGUGCCAGCAGAACACGUAUGGAGUCGCCUCCCAAACCCGUACACGGCAGUGCUCCGGAACGAACUGUCAGGGUGCUGCUGACGAAUCGAAGCAGUGCCAAAUUUACAGGGAUCCUGUGCCCGAAUGGAAUCAAUGGGGAGCUUGGGGUACUUGCAGUGCUUCCUGCGGUGGAGGGGUUCAAGUGCGAACGCGAACUUGCAACACCCACUGCAGCUCGUGUACUUGUCAAGGGCAAGCCACACAGGAACGACAGUGCAAUCAACAGGCAUGCUGCAACUGGUCUGCAUGGACGGAAUGGUCGGGUUGCUCUGUCACUUGCGGAAACGGAAUCUCGACUCGUAGUCGAGCGUGCAGUUGUGCUGAUAACUCGUGUCCCGGCUCCUCAAUCGACCUGACCGAUUGUAACGCUCGAGUACCGUGCCCAACCUGCAAUACCUGCUAUCAGGCACCUCAACCAAUCGCACCACCACCGUGUUUGGCGUGUCAACAGUCCCAGCCCGUCAUCUGCAACACUUGCGGCUACAAACGAAUCCGAAAGGCGAUUGCCGAAGUCCGAAAUGCCACUAUCAUCGAAAAACCCUCAAUUGCUGCUCAACCA